AUGGUAUCUGGGCAUAGUGAUGGUAUACCUGCAUCACGACGCCUUACCCUGCCACAGUCGACAUAUGAUAAAUCACGCAAACCACACACGCUGCGUUCCGGUGUUGAUACAAAAUCUGUUCAUUUUGAUUGGAUUAGUAAGGAGUUAGAAUGUGGCAUCUGCGAAAAGACGAUUCAAAAUACGAUGGUUGUGAGGAAUUGUAUGCACCGCUUUUGUGCGGAUUGUAUAUUGCAAAGAAUACAUACGGGAGCAAGGAAGUGUCCCUCAUGUCAUAAAGUUCUACCGAAAAAGACACCACUAAAGAGCGAUGCAAAUUUCGAUGCUAUUAUCAAUAAGUUCACACUAUCAGUCGAAAGGAGAUGUGUGAAACGUCCAAUCACUGAGUCAAGUAAUUUAUGUUUCACCAAGAAGAGAGUGUUUGAUAAGAAAUCACCUAUCAAACGUUUGACAAAUUCGAACCCAAUAGCUCCGUCAUCUUCAUCCGGACGGACACCGCCGAAGAAUACUAAAGUGUCGGUGAAGUACGAUUCGAUGACAGAUUUAACAUCAAGCACACCUUUGGAAAUAAAGCCACCGUUGUUGCCCAGCACGCAUUCGGAUGGGUCUGAUCCCCCGCUUACGAUUGAUGAAGGAUCUUCAGACGAUGCUUAUCCCAAUCUCCAGCAACCAACAACAUCAUUAUCUGCAAAAAGUGAAAACAGAUCAAAUGCUAAUGAUGCAGGUGAAAAAAAAAUAAAAUCCUGUCGGUUGGUAUCAAAUCACUGUGAAGUAACUCCAAUCGUUGUUUUGCAGAAAUCUAGCAGUCAUGAACGACUUAAUGGAAUGGCUGUAAAGAAUGUUCAGCUUAAUGGUAAAAACGAGCGUUCUUCAAAAUGCUUGAACGUAUAUCCAAGUCUUGGUCCAUCUGCACACACUGCAUUAAAUCAAAUCGAUCCAAGUCUUUCAGCUACUGCUUCAAUUUCUGGAAUUUCAAACGGAAGUUUGUUUCAUGUCAAUGGAAAUAUCAAAAAAGCAAUGAAUCCCAAAGUGGGUGAUGGGCCGUUGUUAACGCCAUCUUUAGGAAGCGGUGUUCCGACGGAAGAUGUAGUUAUGGUAUCACCACGUUCUUCUGAAUAUUUGUUGAUGUCAGGAAAGCAACGAUUAUCAUCGGGGAUAGAAUCAGAGCUUAUUCUUAAUCCUGAUGCGAGUGUAGUGAAUGAUGACUCACUACCUGUUGCUGCUAAACAUUUACGAUAUAUUGUCACCUGUCCAACAACUACAGUUGGUCAUUUAUGUGAAUACAUACUGCAACGAAUCAGAGUCGAGUCACGCACUGAGUGGGGUAGAAAGCGUACCGAUAAUUGUCUCCCAAAGCGUGUUCUCCUUUGUCCGGUAAAGUCUGAUCUGGCUCUGGAUGAUGUGCUAGUAGUAAAUGAAACGGGCGAGGGCCAAUUUACUACUAUAAAUGUUGGUGAACGGAACAGUGACCCGAAAUCAGCUUCAAUUUUUACCAUUAAUUCACCAUUCAGCGCCUUGGAUGAAUCGAUAACAAUUGAACAGCUGAAAGCGGAGUAUUGGGCGAAUAGGAAAAGACCACUGAAACUUAUUUUUAAAUUCAUUGGGAAGUCGUAG